AUGGUUGUUAAAGAUCUAAUGGUGUUUCUAGCCAGCUCAGUAGUUGGUACAUUUAUGCUCUUUGUGGCAUGUAGUCUUGUGAUUCCUAGCUCAACUGAGAAGAAUUCAAAAAUAAUCUCAACUGGUGCACAAAGUAUAUUGCAUAAAUUGGAAAAUGAUAAUGAUGCAGUUGAUUCAUCGAAUGUAAUUAAAAGUCAGAUUGACAUGAAAACUCAUACGACUGUAUCAUCAAUAUUAGACAAAUAUUUUUCUGACCUGAAAGGUCAUCUAAGUGUACCACGCGAAUUAGAGCUUGAAAAUUAUAAUAAUGACGAUGAUGACCUUGAAACUUAUUUGAUUCAUCAACAAAACCGUCAAAAAAAUAUCAACGAAAAUGAUUUGGUCACUAAAUUAUCAUUGGGAGUUAUAAAACUCAAUGCAAACUUGAAUCUACAACAAGAAAAAAUAUCAAAAAUUAUGGAAGAUUUGACUAAGGAAAAGAAAAAUUACAAAAUAUUGUUUGAUGCAAAAACAUUGCUUGGCAAUAAAUUAUUAACAUUGCUACUAGGAAAUGAGGGCUCGAAUUAUGAAUUAUCGCAAUUCAAUGAUAUUACAUGUCAACAAAUCAGCUGUCAAGAUAAAGAACAAACGCAAACACUUUCUCAAUUUGAUAGAGUAUUCUACAAUGAAAAUCUAAAUAGUUAUGACAUUGAUCUCGGCGGGAGAAAUUUGGCUUUUAUUCCAAAAGAUUUAUUUACUGGCUUUACAAAUCUUAAAGGGCUUUGUUUGAGACUUGAUUUGGACUACAACAAUCUAACAGCAUUAUCCAGUAGUCUUGAAAAACUUGAAACAUUAGAUUUAUCAUAUAAUCAACUAAAUUCUAUUCAACCAGGUACCUUUAAUAAUUUAUUGAAUCUCAAGCAUCUUAGUCUACAAGAAAAUCAUCUGACAUCAUUACCAAAAAAUAUAUUUACUGGCCUUAAAAAUCUUGAAAGCCUAAACAUUGGGUUAAACCGAUUGAAUUAUCUCGAGUCAAGUACUUUUGUUGGUUUAUCAAAGCUCAGACAACUUUGGAUAGGUUACAAUAAUUUAACAACAUUGCCAAAAGAUAUAUUUUAUGGUCUUGACAACCUAGAAAUGUUAGCCCUACAUUCAAAUCAACUCAAGUAUCUCGAAUCAAGUACUUUUAAUGGUUUAUUAAAACUUGAAUUCCUUCAUAUGGAAGAAAAUAAUUUAACAACAUUGCCAAAAAAUAUAUUUAACGAUCUUGGAAAUGAAGAUCUGAAUAGUUAUGAAAUUAAUCUCAACUCUAAAAAUUUGGCUGUUCUUCCAAAAGAUAUAUUUACUGGCUUUAAAAAUGUCAGAACGCUUAAUUUGAUGUACAAUCGACUAUAUUAUCUUGAGUCGAGUACUUUUAAUUUAUCAAAUCUUCAAGAACUUAAUUUGAUGCACAACAAUCUUGCAGAAUUAUCUAGCGAUAUAUUCAAUGGUCUUAAAAAACUCGAAAUAUUAUAUCUAUCAGACAACCGAAUAAAUUCUCUUCAGCCAGGUAUUUUUAAUAAUUUAUCAAAUCUUCAGAUACUCUCUAUUAGCCAAAACAAUCUAACAACAUUACCGAAGUUGGUGAAAUGUUUCUCAAAAAUAUGA